CUUUAUUGGUUUACUGUGUAUAUAAUUGGUUGUAAAAUUUAAUACUAAUUGAAAAAAAUGGAUUAUAUAGAGGGAAAAAUAAAAAAAUGGAUUAUACUAAUUCAAACAGAAAAAUUAAAUGAUGUAACAGAAGAUAUACAGGCAAAUGUACUUAAUCAAAAUGAAAAAAUUAAUAAACAUAUUUUCAAACUAUUAUUAUAUCUUUCACAUACUGCAGACAAAUGUGAUAAACAAAAUUACGCCAUAGGAAAAGAAAUAUAUAAAUUGACUUGUAUUUUAUGUUCAAAUUUGAUUGAUGUACCAGAUAAUAAUAGAUUUGUUUCCAGUUUAUUUCAUAUAAUUCGUUGUUUAUUAACAAUGUAUAUGUUUAAUGAGGCAUAUAAUAUAUGUUCUUAUUUAAAAACAGAAACAUUACAUUCUUAUUGUUCUGACAAUGUGAGUGAUAUAUUAAUAAAGAUAGCUUAUUUAUGGCAUAAUGCAAUUAAUAAUGAAUUUAUCAUUUUACAACAAGAUUUAUUAAAUUUGAAACAUAAUUUACAAUUAAGAAAUAUCAUUAAAUAUGAAUUGGAAAUAAUACAAAUUGUAUAUAAAAAUCCUACUAAGCCUUUACUUACAAAAAUUAGUUCGUAUUUAGAUAAAAUUGCAUUGAUAAAUAUAAAACCAAAUACAUAUUUUUCUGAUUUCUAUGCAUUUAUUAUUGAUUAUUUAUUACAAAUAAAAUUAUUUUUAAAUAUUGAAGAUAAACAUGUCAUAUGUCGUCAUAUGCUUCAUAUAACAAGCAGAUUUAUUUGUGAAAAUAUUAAUCAAAAAUUAGUAUUAAAUGUUUUAAAUACUAUAAGUAAUUAUUUCAAAAAAAUUUUAAUAGAUGAUGAAGAAUGUUAUCAGUGUUUUCUAUUCUUUGAAUCUGUGUGCCUUACAUUUGUGAAACCAAUUGAUUAUUUAAUAAAUAGUGUUAAAAAAAUUCAAGAAUUAAAUGAUAAUUAUUUAAAACUUACAAAUAAAUAUGGAUAUAUAGGUCCUGUUAAAUGGAUGACAUUUAGUAUUGUUCAGAUAUUACAAACUUUGUUUAUAUAUUGGGAAACAUGUAUAAAAAUUGAGAAAAAGAUAUGCCUAAAAAAUGAUUUAUUAUUAGAAACAAUAAAGUUAAUUGGACAUAUCAGUAUAUGUUUUCUUAAGCAAACAUCAGACAAAUGUAAAUCUUGUCAAAAUGAAAAUUGUAUGGUUAAGAAAGAUAUUUAUAAUGCAGUAGUGGUAAAAACUACAUGUAUCAAUUUCAUUAGCAAAUUUCCUAAAAGUGAUCUAUCAAAGGAUAUUUAUAUACUUAUUAGAAAAUUUUUUGAACAAAAUAUAAUAUUCAUUCAUGAAAUGAAAAAAUGUAAAUGCAAAUGCUGGACAUAUUUAUGGUCUACUUCUAGUGCUUUGAUUUAUAAUUUAGGUAUAAUGACUGAUUGUUUUUAUGAAGAAAGUGUAUCUUUAUUUUCCUUGUUGUUUACUUCUAUUAUACAAUUUGAUGGAAUUGAAUCAAAGUCACAGUAUAUUAAUCUUCAGAAUCCUAUUAGUUUUACAUUACAUAGAAUAAGUUUUCUUCAUUAUAAUCAUAAUAUGUAUAGAGAAGCAAUGACUGCAACUGCAUUAAAUGCUCUACUGAGCUAUAAUGAUCCAGAUUCAAAAGCAUUUCGAAUGUGGGCAAAUAUAAAACAUAAGUCAGUGACUUCCAAAGAAAUUAUGGAAAUGACCAUACUAGCCUGUUUACAGAAAGAUAAAUCAAAGAUAGAAGAAUUAGGAUUAUUUAUUGAAUUAUCAAAAUAUGAUCUCAUUGAAAUAUGUUUAAAAGAGGCAAAAAGUUUGCAAGAAGCAAAAGUUAAUCUUACUGUUGCUAUUCAAAAAGUUCUUAAUGAAAUGAAAACAUUACAAACAAAUCCGAUACAAUAUGCUCGUGUGGUACAAAUGUUAGUAUAUCAUUCAUUACAUUUUGAUUACAAUGAAGAUAUUUUAGAAUAUAUUAAAGAAGCUCUUUCAAGUUUAAAACAAAUUAAGAUAGAUAAAUCUGUUUUGUAUUUGCAAGGCAAUUUAGAAUUUUAUAUUUUUGUAACACAAUUACGUAUAGUAAAUAAAAAGACUCAAGAAGAAAUAGAAAAUAUGAAAUUUACAUUAUAUGCUACAAAAUUAAAUGAAAUUGGGGAGAAUGAAUCUCAUGAUGUAAUCCCAGCUUAUAGCAUGAUAAAUAUUAAAGAAGAUUCUAGACUUAUGAUGUAUCUACAAACAGCAUUAAAAAAAUGGGGGAAAUAUUUAAAGCAAAAUUUAAAAGAAAUUACGAAUGGAUACGAACCAUUAAUAACUUUACGAACAUUAAUAAUAGCGGGUGAAUAUGCUCAUUUGUACAGAUAUCAAGAAUGUGAAAUCAAUAUAUGGAAAUUUGCAUAUACAUUAGCAUUUGAAUUACAAGACAAUUCAACAAUUAUUUAUGUUAUUGGACGUUGCAUAUCAUUGAGACAUAUUAAUUACGAAUGGAUUACUACUGCUAAAAACCUUGCCUUUAAAUUGAAAGAUACUAAUGAUGAAGACACAAUUUACGCAAUUGCUAUUUUUUGGAUAAGUUUAUCAGAUUUUUAUUUUGAAUGUAAUAUGUAUGAUGAAGCUAGAAAGUUACUUGAUGAAUCCAGGAAACUACCAGGAAUUUCUUUCUUCAGUAAUAUAGCUGUAUAUUUAUAUAGUCUUGAUAGAAUUUUGUACAAUUGUUACUUGUACAAAGAAACUAUUAAACAUGAAGAAUAUACUCGAUACAUUGUUGAAACUUUAUAUACUCUAGUCAAUUUAAAUGAGGAACUUUCUAUAAGAAAAUGGAAACCACAAGAUAAACAUCUUUUUGGACUUGAUAUUCUAUUAUCUACGACUGUUAAUUUAUCUCUCCGAAUGAAUAGUUUAUUAUCUUUUCGAGAAAUCAGUGCCCAUUUAGUACGACGACUAAAAACUGCACAAAUUUUGGGGGCAACUAUAAGAGUUGCAGAAAUUUUAAAAUGCCUCUGUUACAUUGAUUUAUCACGUGAACAGUUAAGUGACUGUGAAAUAAAACUUCAAGGAUUGGAACAUAUUUUAAAUAUUGAAACAUUUAAGGUAUCUAUGAACAGUAAUAUUUCAAAAAUCAAUCCAGAAAAUGUUUUAAUAACACCAACCCGAGCUAUAGAUCCUAUCAGAGACAUUCCUCAAAAUAAUACUUCUCCAAUUCUUCAAAAUAAAGUAUUCAAUUUGCCUGAAUUUAUAUACCAUAAAGGCUGUAAUUGUUAUAUCUGUCAAAAUAUAUCAUAUCAUUAUUUGGUAUUUAUAAGUACACAUAUCAGAGCACAAUUGUAUGCAUUACAAAAAAAUAUCACAGCCUCAUUGCAACACUUUCAUGGAGCAUUUAAGAUAAAAGAAAACUUGAUGAAAACAAAAAAAUUAUAUAAUAAUGAAUAUCUCCCUUGGCAAGAACGUUUUUACAGUAUAGACUAUAUAUUAUUAUUAAUAAACUUUUCUUUCUUCUUAAGAAGUUAUUUUCAUACAAAGCAAGAAAAAAUAAUAAGCAUUAUGUCAUUAGUGGUUCAUUUAUGCGAUAUCUAUAAAUUGAAAGGACAUCCAAUUUUCAUGGCUGUUGAAGAAUUAAUGCUUGAUUAUCGUUUUCAAAAAAUAUUUAAUUCUUCUGACGACGCGGAAUUCAUGGUUUCUGAUUCUUCUGAUAUCGAUAUAAGUAAAUAUGUGCAAAGCGUGAAUAUUGAAGGAACUAUUUGUGUAACACCAACUAUUAAAAAUACUCGUGUGAAAAAACCUAUUACUCUCCGACGUAAUCGAACUCCUCCUCUUUUAAAAUUAACCAAAGUUAAUAUGAACUUCAGCGAUGAUGAAGAUGUUUCUUUGUCAUCAUCAGAAUAUAAAAUUACAAAAUCACGUAGUAAAUUAACGAGAAGAAAAAUUUUAGAUGAAGAAUAUUCUGCUACCGUUAAUCAAACAGAAGAGGAAACAAAUCAAUUCAAAGCUAAUUUGUUAUUACAGGAGUUAAUUGAUAUAAAAAAACACAAUUCGAAUGUUUCAAUAAAAGAAAUAAUUGAAAAGAUCGCAUUGUUAGCACCAGAUAUAUCAGAAUAUUUAUAUAAAAUAGUAGAUAAGAUAGAUGAACCAGCGACAACUAAAAAUAUGCGAAAAUUAAUCAAUGCAAUAGAAAAUCUUAAAGUGAAUACAAUUUCACAAGAAAAUGUUAGAAAAACUCGAAAUUCAAAAAAAAUAAUUUCGAUCGAUUGUAAUAAAAUUAAUCAAGUAAUUGCAUUAUUUAAAGAUUUUGAUAUUAAUGAAGAAAGAUAGUAUUGAUCAAAUGAACAAAAAGAUGUAAUAUUUGAAAUUUCUGAAAAAUUCUAUCUUUUGUAACAACAGAUAUUUUAUUAUGGCAAAAAAACAAUAGAAUUAAAAAAGAUAAGUGAAGAAAAUAUAAAAUAAUUACA